CUAAUAAAAGGCAUCAUAAUCAUAAACACUAUUAGGGCUUCUUUUUCUUUUGGUUGUCUGCCAUUUUUGCAAGCUUCAGAUCGAGCCAGAAGCCAAUAUCAUGAGUAGAGGUGGAAGCUAUGGCGGUGGAAGAAGCUCCUUAGGCUAUCUGUUUGGAAACGAUGAUCAGCCCACAAAGCCUCAGGUUUCUCGAGUGAUUCUUCCUCCUCCUUAUGGAAUUGAUAUUAGCCCUGAUGAUCAAAGUAAUAAUCCUUCUCCCUCUCCAAAACAACUCGUCUCCAACAAUUACCCUCGCGCUCACGGCCAAAACUCCGGAAACUUCUUAACGGAUCGUCCAUCAACCAAGGUGAAAUCUGCUCCGGGURGUGAUUCAUCGCUAGGGUACCUGUUUGGAGAUAAGUGAUUCAUAUAUUCAUAUGAUCAGAGCAUUUAUUUCUUCAGAUUUACUGUCUAGCUAACUUUAUAUAUUGAAACUUGAAGGCAAUUUCUAAGGGUGUGCUUUUUCUUAGUAUGUGUAUUGUGUGGUUUCUAAAUAAAAAAGGGUACACAAUUAUUAUGUACCCAAAAGAACAUAUAGCUAGCUUUGGAUUUGUGUGUAGCUGAUGUGUAUACUUUGGUGCAGUAUAGUUUGUGGAAUAUAUAUUAAAACAAUCUGAUGCUUCUAGUAGAUAUAUAUAAUAUGUAUUGAAUAUCAUCAUGACUUAUAGUUUUAUUAUGUAAAGUCGUACAGUAAGGAAAUAAACAAAUGGGAGUAUUUUUUA